AUGAAUGAUGAAACACUUAAAAACCUUACUGAGGAUGAGGAAUAAAACGCUACUCAAAUCAUUUUUUAAUUUGGCAAUAAAACAGAUCCUACACCUACAAGCCACAAUAACUUGCUUUUUAAUUCACCUGGUGAAGAUGAAUUCGAAGAACAUAAUGUAUCCGAUGAGAUUCAUGAAGGCAAAUAAACUAAGGAUUAGAGUCAAGAGAUAAAGACUUAAAAACAUUUAAAUACAGUUAAAAAUCAUCAUAAUCAAGCAAUGGAUAUCCAAGAGAAUGGAGUAUAUAAUUAAACAGAAUUCGAACUUAGACACUAAAGAUUAGUAGACGAGUUAUCCCUUCAUAAGGAUGCUUAUCAAAAAGUUAAUAAAUAUUACCCUCCUAAUCCUAUUCUACCAAAAAACUUCUAAAUGUAAGAAGGUUCUCCCCGAUCUGGUGGUGAAUUCGCUUUUCUGAAACUAACUAAAUUCCGUGGUAAAGACUUUGGAAAGAGUAAAUUUGAAGUAGACCUUAAUGUGAAUCAUAUUGAAUUCCCUGAGAAUACUACAUUGAAGUCAAUUUUUUUGCCCACAAAUGAAACUGAUGAUAGAAUAACUCCAUUUGGAGAGUUGGUUUUUAUCAGAUCAGCUCUAGAUUUUUCUACCAAGGUGAAUCAGCCAGGCAGUAAAAAGGAUGAAGUACUGGAGGAGAAUUUGAUUGAUGUCAGAAGAAUUCUUAAGAAUUCAACACUAUCUAAAAAUACAGAAAAUAUGCUGACCAAAGAGUAAGGCCAGAAAAGAGCAGGUCUGAUAUAACUACAUGGUGUUGAUUAGUUUUACAAGAAAAAAGAUCAAUUUGAUAAGACAUUAAUAUUCGAGAGUAGAUUCGAAAGUGGGAACUUGGCAUCCGCUGUAAAAGUAAACGAUUAUGAUUAUCACCUAUUGUUGUAAAAUGAUGUAAAUACAUCUGGUCACACCUAGUGGUUCUUUUUUCGAGUAACAAAUACAAAGUAGUAUAAUCAAACUAGAUUCAACAUGCUAAACCUAUCUAAACCAGAUUCAUUGUAUAAUGAAGGUAUGAAAGUGCUAAUAUACUCAGAAAAAUUGUCCUAGGAAAAAGAUAUUGGAUGGCACCGAGUCUUUUUAACUGCAAGAGUCCACCCUGGUGAGUCAGUAGGAUCAUGGAUGAUGAAAGGUGCUAUUGAUUUCUUAACAGAUGAAAAUUCUGAGGAAGCUGAAUUAUUGAGGCAAAACUUUGUUUUUAAAAUAAUUCCUAUGCUGAAUCCAGAUGGAGUAAUCAAUGGUAAUUAUCGCUGUUCUUUGGCUGGAUGUGAUUUAAACAGAAGAUGGAAAGCCCCAUCAAAAGUAUUACAUCCUUGUAUAUACUAUACUAAGCAGCUGAUGUAAAACUUUGCUAAAGAAAGAGAGCUUACAAUUUUCUGUGAUUUCCAUGGCCACAGUAGGAGGAAGAAUAUCUUUAUGUAUGGAUGUCACGUGCCUACUGCUCCAGAGGAAACAAGAUUUUUCCCAUUCCUCCUCUCUAAGAUUUGCCCAUUCUUUGUUUUUGGUCUUUCCAGAUUUGGAAACCAAAAGUCCAAAGAGGCUACAGCUAGAGUAGCCAUGUUCAAUGACAUAAAGAUCCCAGCUAUAUACACUAUGGAGAGUUCAUUUUGUGGCAAUGAUCAAGGGCCAUUUGCAAAUUAUCAUUUUUCUACUGAUAAUCUUAUGCAAACUGGAAGAGACUUCUGUAGAACUUUGCUUAUCUAUUAGAAUAUAUAAUCUCCCACAGCAAUUUCAAUGACUAUUUUGACUGAAAUACUUUAGCUACACUGUCAUUAUAAAGAACAGAAUGAUACUAAGGACUAAUAUAAUAAAGAUCAAGAAGUAGAACUAAUGAGGAUAUUUGUAGAAAAAAUUCAAAUGUACAGAGAAAAAUCACCAGAUAUCUAGAUAAAGCAUAUCAAGAAAGCAUUGAUGAGUGUCCUAAGAUAAACCCAAGACUUGAUUAACGAAGGAGAAACUACAAGCUCAGCUGGAUCAGACUAAGCUCCAUCAGAAGAUAAUAUGGAACCAGAAGAAAUACAGAAUCUAGUUCCUGUUUUGGAAGAAGAUUCCUCGCUCAAGAAAGGCAAUAGGCGAUCAAGAAAAGAGACAAUGUUAUCAUAAGAAAUCGCCACUUCAAUUUCUCCUGUAAGAAGAAAAAAUACGAUGGAUGGAGGAAACAAUACUAACACCAACUAAAAUAUGAAAAAGCCAGUUCCUAAAAAUACUAAUAAACGUAUGAGUAUUCUUAAGACUUAGGAUCCCAAGUAAAUCAUGAAUAGCAACUCUAAAAAUUAGCUCACUAAUUCACGCAGAGGGACUAUUGAGGAAAAUAAAUAGGAUGAUGAUGAAACUAAAGAUAAAGUAGGAAAGGAAUCAUCUGAUUAAGGAGAUGAUACAGUCACUCAUAAAAAGAAGAGAAAGAGAAACGUAGAAUCAAGAGACGCAUGGACAUAAACGGAAAGAAGCGAUUACAUGCUAAUAAAGUAUAGACAGAAGCAGAAAUAGGCUAUUUAACUGGCUAAAUCUCAAAAAUUUACAAAAGAGGAGCAGAUCUUUUAUGAGCAGGCACUUGCCUAGCAGUACUAGUAAAAUCAAUAUAUGAAUAAGACCUAGGAGAUAACUUCAAGCACUUCUAGCAGUGUUAACAUGCCUCUUACACAUUUGAUCAGAUAAGGAAAGUCUCAUAACAGUGGCACAAGCCAUAACACUACUAAUCCACUUCCAACUGCAAGUCAAUCUUUGUCGAACAAGAUACAAUCAGCAGUACUAAACACAGGCACUAAAUUUCAAAACGAUCCCCUAAUUAAAGUCAAUCCUUCCUAUUCAAUCUCAAAUUCGUACUUAAGAAAGCAGAAUGACUACACUCAUACAUAAACCAAUUAGAAUUAAGGAAAGCCUGGAAACUACAGUCGCAAUAUACAGACUUCUCAAAGUAACUCAAAGAAUAGACAGCAAAAGCCCACUCCUUCACAGCAAAAUAUGCACAAUGAUUACAAAUUACAAGAUACUUAAUAACUAUAAGUUAUAAAUUCUAAUGGAGAGAUUGGAAGGUAAAGUCUCGAACCUCAAUUCAAUCAGUAGUAUCAUUUAACUUAGUAUCCGUAUCAGGCACUCAAUACUACUCAGGAUAUCAAGCAGAUUGAAAAAUUUGAUUAUCAAUCUAACAAGUUAAAUACUAUAAAUGCCCAUGUCGGGAAUCAUCCUAGUACUUCUCAUUAAAAGUAGAAUAUAAAUAAUCAAGGGCAAGUUCAAACGGUACUUCCUUAAAUAUCAACUCCAAACUAAAUAGUAAACAAAAGGAAACUAAAUUAAACAGGAAUUGUACCUAAUUAUGUGCAGAAUAGUUUAAAAAAAUCAAUGGAUAAUCAAGGCAAAAAUUAGGGAACACCAUUCACUUAUUAUAAGUAAAAUAACAAUAUGAGAGUUCCUGAAAAUCACAGUGAGCUGUCGAGCAAUCAUAGCACCUAAAGAAUAGCAAAUAACAUUAGCUUUAAUGUAAAGAGCAACAAUGAUCAAAUUAACCUAAACAAUGGUAGUUAUGUGGAUGGGUAAAACUACUCUAAAAUUUAACCCAAUAUGAGUAAUCCAAACAAUCUGCCGAGAAGUUUACCUCCUAAGCCUUAAUCCUCACAUUUUAAGGGUCUGCAACACACAAAUGAAUUUUUAAAUUAGGAAUCAAGUCCAGAGUUUCAGCAAUAAGACUCUAAUCCCAUUUCAAACCUCAGGGUAAUGGAGAAUACUUACAUAUAAUAAAAACUACUUUAGUCACACAAUGAGGCUCAUUCCAGAAGAAUUAUGAGUGAAAGUGAAUCUAAAGUCCUUAGUGAUUAUGACACAAUCAAACUGGACAAUAAUAUAUUCGUAUCAAAUCAAUAGUCUAACUUUUAGAUUAGCGGAUCAGGCUAAUAUUCGAAUCCAUAGCAGUAGAUAAUGUAGCAAUAGCAUUAGCAAAACAUUCCAAAGCAAAGUAUGAAAGGUAAUUUUUUCUAAAACCCACCAAAUGGUAAUUUAGAACCACAAACCCUACCUUAAAACAUUAAGAACAAGGGUAAAGCCAAGAGUGAUUUUUAUGGGAUGCAAUCGAUUUAAAAUCAGGGGGGAAUGCAGGGGUAGUCUAUUAAAAAAAUGAUAGAAAAUUCUUGGAAAGCUGUAUAAAACUCCCAUCUAUCAUAGUCAUUUUAUCAGGGAUCAUUAUAAGGUAACUAGCAGCAGUAAUUCUUUGGAACAGCAACAAGAUCGUUUCUUGGAAUUAAUUCUUCUCCGAUGAAAUCUCAGGGUCUAAGUGUGGGCAGAAACAAGAAAGGUCAAUUACAUAGCAGCUAAGGGAUACCUUAAAGAUAACAGCAAGUGAAUCAAUUCAUUAAUGUGCAAGGUAUAAUUCCAGCUUCCAUAAACAACUAGAGUGGGUAAAAUAGCAAUAAUGGGAAAGUUAAAAUAAGCAUUGUCAAUGUACACAACGAGUUUAUAAUUAAUCCUCAAACUAAUAAUUUCACUAAUGUCAGCAACAACAUAACUAUUAACAACAAUGGAGGGAAUGUUGGUGGUGGGAAGUAAAGUGGGAAGCAUACAAGUUAACAAAGGCGUGAGCAUAAAAAGAAAUAAUGA